CAACAGUCGUUUGUGGAUUUUAAACUUUUACCUCGUGAUGUAAACUUUUGUUUUGGGAUAUUGUGCGUUUUCUGUGGAUGCUUUGUUUGGCUCGUGCGUCUGUUUCUCUGCUCCAAAAUGAACAUCAUCAGCGGAUACCAGCAUCACCAUCAUCACCAUCACCACCUCAUGCACGAGCCCUUCCCCUCGCACGCGCCUUACUUUCAAAGUUGGGUGUUAAACCACGACUUACCCCCGACAGACUUCCACAUUCAAGCGCCAGGAACACCGGGCUCCGUGACGCACGAUGUCCGGUUUGACGCACUCCAUGGCGGCCAAGCCAAGCGCAGGACCCCGGGGCCUAAAAAAGAGAGACGGAGGACAGAGAGCAUCAACACGGCUUUCGCAGAGCUCAGGGAGUGCAUACCCAACGUGCCCGCAGAUACAAAACUGUCAAAAAUAAAGACCCUACGCCUUGCCACGAGUUACAUCGCGUAUCUAAUGGAUGUCCUGGCCAAAGAUUCCGGGGAAACCGAGGGCUUCAAGGCCGAGAUCAAGAAGUACGAAAGCAGGGACCUGAAGAGGAAAAGGGAAUUGAACCCAGAUGGACUACAGGAAACAUUCAUCGCCGAGAAAAAGGUCAAAGGUCGGACGGGUUGGCCGCAACAGGUCUGGGCUCUGGAGUUGAACCAGUGACUCCAUAUUUUUAACUGGUUUGAAAGACUAAACCAGCCCAUGGACUCAAGCA